UCAUUUUUCCAUCUCUAGGCUUUCGUGAUCUUCUAUACUAUUACUACUACAAGUGCUAGAAAAAACACAAAAGAUCACCCAUGGCUAUUCGGGUUCCAGGUGUUACACAUGCUAAGCAAAUUUUGCGCCAGGCAAAGUAUUUGGUUAACCAAUCAUCGUCAACAAGUGUCAAUGUGCCGAAAGGUUAUGUUGCUGUUUACGUGGGAGAAAAUGAAAUGAAGAGAUUUGUGAUUCCAAUAUCAUUCCUGAGUCAACCUUCCUUUCAAGAACUUCUAAGACAGGUAGAGGAGGAAUUUGGAUUCAAUCAUCCAAUGGGCGGUCUGACAAUUCCCUGCAGCGAAGAUCUCUUCGUUGAUCUCACUUCUAGCUUGAAUGGACCUUAAUAAGCCACAGAAAAAGAGAGAGUGAAUGAAAAUUUUGUAGAUUCAUGUAAAUUUUUUUCUCUGUCAUAGCGCAAGAGAA